AUGACAAGCGACGACCAGUUCUUUUUUGAUUAUCUUGCGUCCAUCCCUCAUGACGUAAGGCGAUACUCGUCGCAGGUCGCCGACUCAAUCGAUCGCCAGUUUGACUAUGCAGCAGCGACGCUGCGAGACACACUUGCACAACAGUCAUGGCUCCCGUCAUCUGUUCGCCCGCGUGUUCGGAAUGUGCCCUCUUCGCCCCGUGGACUGACCGACCAGGUCCAAGACUGGGUUGCUCGGAACCGAGCCCUCACCGCAGCCAUCCUCGCUUUUGUUGGGACUGGAUGUGCCCUGCUUUACGGAAAUAAGAAACUCAAUAGCAAGAGACGGAAGGCUCGGAAGGCCGGCAACGGAGCACGGAAAGAAAUCGUUGUUGUUGCCGGAUCUCCGCAUGAACCGAUGACACGGGCUAUUGCAACUGACCUGGAGCGCCGAGGAUACAUUGUCUACGUGACUGUUUCAUCUGCGGACGAGGAACAUAUUAUUCAAUCGGAGCGCCGGGCUGAUAUCAAAGCCCUGUGGCUGGAUUUGACCACGACCUCAUCAAACCCCUCGGAGAUUCACCCAUCAUUGCAUGAAAUCCGUACCCUGAUCACCCAGCCCCAACAGCCCCUUCCAGGGAUGCCACCUCAUACUUGCCAGCUCAGCGGUGUCGUGAUUGUACCGUCGCCGAAAUAUGCAGCCGGACCUGUUGCCACUAUCUCACCUUCCUCCUGGGCUGACACCAUCAACACCCGUCUCCUGUCGCCUAUUCUCACAGCACAAGUCUUCUUACCUCUGCUGACCCUGCGCAGCAACAGCAGCUCCCUCAUCUUCGCCUACCCGUCAAUCUCCUCGUCCCUGUCUGCCCCCUUUGCCGGGCCAGAAGUAACCACCAGCCGAGCCAUUGCCGGCUUUGCGGCUUCUCUGCGCCAAGAGCUACGGCUACUCGAUCAGGGCAAUGUCGACGUUGUAGAACUGCGACUUGGUAACAUCGACCUCGGCCCGUCGUACCGCAACGCCCAGAGCCAAAUCGCUGGCACCGAGGUCCUGGCGUGGAGUGCUCAGCAACGGGCCCUUUAUGGUCAGCAAUAUCUUCACAGCGUCGAUCAGCGGCCCGUUGCGUCGGCAGGCCCCGCCGCGGUGCGAGGAUCUCCUGCACGCGCCUUUCACCACGCCAUCCUGGACGCCUUGGAGCCUCCCUCCCGAGACAUAUUCGGACGUCGGGUACACAAGAAACCGGUCCUGUAUGUCGGCCGGGGCGCUCGGUCGUACCGUGUGAUUGGGGACUGGGUACCCAGCGGGCUGGUUGGCCUGAUGAUGGGGUACCGCGGUGGCCAGUCGUCCGGAACGGGCAGUCCCAGCAGCGGGAGCGAAAGUGGCAAUUGGGAACGUGUCUAG